AUGUCGAUCUCUCCAUAUCUCACAACAACACUAGAAUCAAAAGAAGAUGCAGACUACAACAAGAUCUGCGAGGAGCACAAACACCUGAUAGAAACAGUACCCAAAGGCAAUGGAUGGAGUAUGCAACAUCUCUACAACUACAAUGGCUUCUGGUUACACCCCAACUCCAUCAAAAAUAACUUGCUUCUUCACGCAUACUUCAAAUCUCAACCCACCGACAUCUUUUUAGCCUCCUUCAUGAAGUCCGGAACCACCUGGCUCAAAGCCCUCAUGUUCUCUACCAUUAACCGCCACCGCUACACCUUCUCCGACCACCCUUUACACCACCAUGGCCCACACGCAACUUUCCCUUACAUUGACAUCGAAACCUACCCUGCUAUUUCCGACUUCACCCACUUGCCUGCUCCCCGAAUGUUCGCAACCCAUUACCCUCGCACCCUCUUAUCUCCGUGCAUUACCUCCUGCAAGUUCGUCUACGUCUGUAGGGACCCAAAAGACGUUUUGGUUUCAAAAUGGCAUUUCAUGAGCAAUCACAGAUCCAAAGAUCUACCUCCCUUCUCGUUGGAUGAAGCGUUUGAGCUUUUCUGUCAAGGGAUUUCGGACUACGGGCCAUUUUGGGAACAUGUUCUGUCAUACUGGAGAGCGAGCCUGGAAACUCCGGACAAGAUUCUGUUCUUGAAGUAUGAGGAAAUGAAGAAGCAGCCGGAGGUGGUGCUGAGGAAGUUGGCGGUGUUCAUGGGGAAGCCAUUCACAGCGGAGGAACUGGAGAAGAGGGUGGUGGAGAAAAUUGUGGAGCUGUGUAGCUUCGAAAUUUUGAGCAAUCUUGAGGUGAACAAGAAAGGUGUUCAGAAGUUCGGUAAGUUUUUGGAGGUGGAGAAUCGGCAUUAUUUCAGGAAAGGGGAAAUUGGAGAUUGGAAAAAUUAUUUGAGCGAGGAGAUGAAACAACGCAUCGAUGGAAUUACCAAUGAGAAGUUGAAAGGUUCCGGAUUGAUCCUUGGAGUAAGCAGUCCUUGA